AAGGUUUGAAGUUAGCUGCACUUGGUGUUGGAAUGAAAUGACCUGAUUGGCUGUCCACCAGAUGGCGCAGUGUACUCGUGAUGUUGUUACAUACUAUAGGGGCGUGUAAGUGCUUGUGAAAAAAUUAGUGUUUUGUGAUGUUUCAAGCGCUAAAGGAACAUAAAAUUUGUAUGAGAGCUGCGAUGUGAACGGGACAGAUAUACACGUCUAAUAGAGUGCCUUAUUUUUAUAUAUACACCCACAAAGUGCCUAACUAAGUUAUAUAUUUAUAUUAACACAUCACUUAAGGAAAACGAACGAAAAACUCAACGAAACGAACUUUAUCUGACGGCGAACGUGUCGAGCGAAUCUGAAGCGGAGGCGAGGUCGUGACGCAGCCUUCGCGACCGCCUGGAGCAAGCACUCCAAGACAACUGGCGGCGGCUGACCCAGCACCGCUCUGAGUCGUUCAGAGGCCGUCAACGACACAGCUCCUUCAGCCAGGAGGGGCCUCACCGGCGUAGGGCCAGCGCCCACUCCCUCGACCUCGAGAGGCCUGACAACAUCGUUACUAUACACAGGGCACAUUCCCUAAGCAAAAUGGCAACUUUAUCACUUAAAAUCUCAUUGGAGGGCGGCAAAGUGGUGAAAACUAUACAGUUCGAUCCAUCCACAACAGUAUACGAUGCGUGUCGCAUCAUCAGAGAGAAGAUAUUGGAGGCGAGUGCCAGUGAUCCGAAAGAAUACGGUCUGUUCUUGGCAUCAGAAGAAGACAACAAGAAGGGCAUUUGGCUAGAGGCGUCGCGCAGUCUUGACUACUACAUGCUCCGCAAUGGAGACCUGCUAGAAUAUAAUAAGAAGACACGAAACUUGCGUGUUAGGAUGUUAGACGGAACUGUAAAAACAUUACUGGUGGAUGACAGUCAGAUUGUAGCAAAUCUCAUGGUGGUGAUAUGCACGAAGAUUGGUAUCACUAACUACGACGAAUAUGGACUGGUACGCGAAGAACAAAAGGAAGAGAUGGACCCAUGCGAGAAACCAAACUACGGAACAUUGACAUUGAAACGUAAACAUCAGGAGAAAGAGCGCGAUGCUAAGAUGGAGCAGCUGAGGAAGAAACUUAGGACUGAUGAUGAAGUGAACUGGGUGGAACCAUCAAAGACGUUACGUGAGCAAGGCGUGGAGGCGACGGAGACGCUUCUGUUGCGCCGCAAGCUGUUCUACUCGGACCGCAACGUGGACUCCCGCGACCCCGUGCAGCUCAACCUGCUGUACGUGCAGGCGCGCGACGCCAUACUCGCCGGCACACAUCCCAUCACGCAGGACAAAGCGUGCGAGUUUGCCGGCAUACAGUGUCAGAUACAAUUCGGCGAUCACAAAGAGGACAAACAUACUCCAGGCUUUUUAGAUCUGAAAGAAUUCCUGCCGGCGUCCUAUGUGAAAGUGAAGGGCAUUGAGAAGAAGAUAUUCAAGGAGCAUCGCAAACAUGCUGGUCUGAGCGAGCUGGACGCUAAAGUGCUGUACACCAAGAGUGCUAGAGAUCUGAAGACGUAUGGUGUCGCCUUCUUCUUGGUUAAGGAGAAAAUGAAAGGCAAGAACAAACUAGUGCCUCGUCUGCUGGGUGUGACUAAAGAUUCCGUGCUGCGUUUGGACGAAAAGACGAAGGAGAUUUUACAGACGUGGCCGCUGACCACAGUGCGGCGCUGGUGUGCCAGUCCCAAUACUUUUACAUUGGAUUUUGGUGACUACAGCGAUCAGUACUACUCGGUGCAGACUACGGAAGCAGAACAAAUCCUGCAGGUGAUAGCUGGCUACAUCGACAUUAUUGUUCGCAAACAACGUGCUAAAGACCACCUCGGCAUUGAAGGAGACGAAGGAUCAGCUAUGCUGGAAGACUCUGUCUCACCAUCCAAGGCCAACAUCAUUCAACAUGACACAUUCAAAUCGGGCAAAGUGAAUAUGGAGUCAGUCGCCAAGCCGGCGGUACUCAGACCUGGUGCAGAAGGUGCUAAGCCGUUCGCGGUGGGUCACCUCACCGGCGCGCAGCAGACCACAGUCUCCGGUCAGAUCAUCACAGGCCACACACCGCCUACUGCGUCGCAGGUUCAACAAACGCGCGUAACAUCGAUACUGACAGAGCCGCAGCGCGCGUUAUUGUCCACCAUCACUGGUGGUCGAGAGAUCAUACGACAGACUGAGGAAGGUCUCAGCAGGGCUUCUCUACCAGCUCUGGGACAUGACGCGGCAUCUGUUAAAUGGAAGCAGGUGACGAUGGACACCAGCAAGCAAGUUGUGACGUCACAGAUCGCAGCCAUGAAUGCUGCUACAGCGCAAGUCGUCACUCUUACAUCGGGUCCCACUGAGGAGGUAGACCACACCGCUGUGGGCGCUGCCAUUACAACAAUCACCACUAAUUUGCCAGAAAUGACUAAAGGUGUACAAACCAUUGCCGCUCUUAUGGAUGAUACUGAUGACGGAGACAAACUUCUUGAUGCGACUAGAAAGUUGUGUAGCGCUUUUAGCGAUCUGUUGAAGGCUGCUGAACCUGAAACGAAGGAGCCUCGUCAGAACCUUCUUAAUGCUGCAUCACGCGUCGGUGAAGCGUCUACUUCAGUCCUUCACACCAUCGGUGAGGAAACCGAAGAGGACAAGGAGACGCAGGAUAUUUUGCUGUCGCUGGCUAAAGCCGUGGCUAAUACAACUGCCGCGUUGGUACUGAAAGCGAAGAAUGUUGCGGCGCAGUGCAAGGAUGAUCAGACGCUGCAGAAUAAUAUUAUAGCGGCCGCAACGCAUUGCGCUCUAGCUACCAGUCAGCUUGUCGCCUGUGCUAAGGUCGUAGCACCAACUUUGCACAACCCUGCAUGUCGGGAACAACUGACGAGUGCAGCGCGUCAAGUGGGCGCGGCAGUGGAGCGGCUGGUGGAUGCCAGCAGACAGGCACCGGAAGCCGCCGGGCCCGGCGUGGAGCAACUCGCCGCCGCUGCACAGAGGGUCUCUGAAGAGCUGGAGAGAUUGCUAGCGCAUUGUCAUUUAGAGCGCCGCAGCGUGCAGCCGACAGUGAUGGAGCGCAGUGUGGAAAGCGUGGUAUCUGCCAGCGAGAGGGUGACGGACGCUCACGACGCGCCUGAGAUGGUGCGCCGCGCGCGCCUUCUUGGUCAGGCAACUGCCAGGCUCAUCGCAGAUAUCAAGACGGAGGCUGAGACGCAGUCGUCGGAUUCGCAGCGCAAGUUACUUGCAGCUGCUAAGCUGCUAGCAGACGCCACUGCACGCAUGGUCGAAGCUGCCAGACUUUGUGCCUCUUCACCACAGGACCGUGACAAACAAGAGGCUUUGCGACGGGCGGCUGAAGAGGUUCGCUACAUCACCGUCGACUACGCACAGGGACAGGACAUCGUCGGUACACAAAUCGCACGGCUACAAGAAAGCGCGAGACAAGCAGCAUCCAGCGCCACUCAACUUAUCACAUCUGCUCAUAACGCUACUCAGCACAAUACCAAUAAAUAUUCACAGGAAUCGUUACUACAAGAGUGCCGCGUGCUGAACGAGCAUAUUCCGCGAGUGGUUGACGCCGCCAAGGCAUCAUCCGCGCGUCCUGGUGAGGCCGCAGCGCAGCUUGACUUGAUAUCCGCCUCUGAGACAUUCCUACAGCCGAGUGGACACGUGAUCCAGGCGGCGCGUAGUGUGCUGCCGACUGUAGCCGACGCACCCACUGCUAAACAGCUCGCUGACACCACGCACCAGUUCACCACCAGCUGCGCUGACCUCAGAUCUGCUGUGAACCGUGCCCGCAUAUCGUGCAAGGGUCUAGAGUUGGAUGCUGCGGCAGAGAUCAUCCGCAGCCUGCAGGCCGAGCUUGAUGAGAUGGAGGAGGCUGCGCGCGCCUUCGACUUGAAACCCAUGCCCGGACAGACGAGUGAAUGGGCAUCAUCGCGUCUACAAGGCGCGUCCCGUGCGGCUGGUGCUGCGACCGCUGCCCUGGCGGGUGCGGUGCGUGUACGUGAAGCGGGCGGAUGCGGACGUGCCGCUGCAGAGUUAGCAGCCGCUUUGCGAGACUACACGCCCCCGCUGCGAGCUGCCGCGGCUGCAGCACAUCGCGCACCACACAAACAACUACGUGUUAUUUCAUCGGGCCGUCAAGUACUACACUCCUCGUUAACUCUGGUGGAGACUGUGAAGCAAUACAUGAACACUUCGGAAGAUGUCGACACCGCCUCCAUCGUCGCUAUAGCUAAAGACAUUUCACAGAAUUUGGAACAAACAAUGGAAGCGGUACCCUCGCAUGCGGAACUCGAUAUGGCAAUGGAAAACAUCAAUGAAACUCUUAAUAUCUUGAACAUGGGAGAAUUCCCGCCUUCUGACAAAACAUACAGCGAACUGCAAUCGGAGUUGAACGCUGCUGCGGUGGGUCUGAGCACAGCAUCAUCAGACGUGGUGCAGGCGGUAGAGCAGCCGGACGCGCUCGCCGAUAGCGGCCGGCACUUUGGACAGGCUUUCAACCGACUACUCGGCGUCUCCAUGGAGAUGGCCGGACAGACUGAAGAUCGUGAGUCUCAAGCGACGAUGGUUAGCUCGAUGAAGACCGUGACCGUGAACUCAUCGAAACUGCUCGGCACCGCCAAAUCUGUUAGUCAGGACUUGACGAGACCGAACGCUAAGAACCAACUCGCCGCAGCAGCAAGGGCAGUGACAGAAAGCAUCAAUCGCCUUGUGGACGUGUGCACAGAGGCUGCUCCGGGGCAGAAGGAGUGUGCGGCGGCCAUCCGUAGCAUCGACAGCACGCGACCGCUGCUCGCUGCGCCCACACAGCCGCUCAAUGAGCUCGGCUACUUCGCCUGUCUCGAUUGCGUCGUCGACCAGAGCAAAGGACUCAGUGAAGGCAUGUCAGGAAUGGCGGGCGCUGUGAAGCGCGGCGAGACUGAGCAGUUCGCGCGCUCCGUGGCCGCAGUCGCCGCAUCCGUGCAGGGCCUAGUCGAGUGUACCGCCCAAGCAGCAUAUCUCGUGGCGGUGUCCGAUGAGACCAGCGUGGCGGGCAGACCUGGUCUGGUGGACCAGGCGCAGUUUGCGCGCGCUGCACUCGCUAUAGACCAGGCCUGCAAGACAUUGUGCGACAAGGAUAGCAAUCAACAACAGGUGUUAUCCGCGGCAACAGUGAUAGCAAAGCAUACAAGUGCGUUGUGCAACGCGUGCCGCGUGGCAUCCGGUCGAUCAGCGGAGCCGCAGAGCAAGCGACACUUCGUGCAGGCCGCCAAAGACGUCGCCAACUCAACAGCAGCGCUCGUUAAAGAGAUCAAAGCGCUGGAUGCUGAUUACAGCGAGGCGAAUCGCGCUCGUUGCGCGUCAGCAACAGGUCCGCUGCUGGACGCGGUGCGUAGUCUAUGCCAGUUUGCGGACAGCCCCGAGUUCGCGGCGGUUCCGGCUCGCAUCUCACCACAGGCACGCGCUAGCCAGGAGGCCAUACUUAUUUGCGGAAGGAACAUAAUAUCAGGAUCGUGCUCAAUGCUGGAGGCUGCGCGUGCGCUGGCACUGUCGCCGCAGGAGCGCGCUCAGUGGCAGGCGCUCGCUGCACACAGCAAGACAGUCUCCGAUAGCAUCAAGGCUCUCGUCACUAACAUACGUGAGAAGGCGCCAGGACAGCGGGAAUGCGCCGCAGCACUGGAGACUCUCAACAAGCAGCUCCGCGAACUGGAUCAAGUGGCCAUACAGGCUGUGGGACAGGAGCUGCAGCCGCGACAGGCUAACACAUUGCAAGGUUACUCUGAGCAGAUAGAAAAUGCAGCGGCAGAGAUGCUGGAGCGACUGGAGCCUUUGCGCCUGGCCGCCCGCAGUGAGGCUGAGAACCUUGGUCACGCCGUCGUGCAACUUGUGUCGUACGCGGAGCCAUUGGUUAGUGCGGCGGCGGGCGCAGCCUCCAACACGACGGAGUCUCGUGCGCAGGCCGCGCUGCUGCAACACGCGCGCACCGUGCUAGAGACACUCGCGCUGCUCGUGCACUCUGCCAAGCUCGCUGCUGGCAACCCCAGAGCUGUGAGCGCGGCGGGCGAGGUGGAGGCGCAGUGUUCGCUGGCGCGCGCGGCGCUCGGCGAGCUCAGCACACAUGUUCGCGAACUCAGCUCGCAGCGAGGUGCUGUCGGUCCACUGCUUGACUCACUGGCACGCGCUGUAGCACGCCUUACUGAACACAGGAUGUCGUUAAUCGGAUCAUACGAUGAAACGGAUUCCUUCGUGGAUUAUCAGACCAGGAUGGUGGGAGCCGCUAAAGAAAUAGCACGAUUAGCCACUGAUAUGACGGCGAAAUCGGCGACUGAACCGAGCCGUCUCGUGGAAGUCGGCAACGAGAUGUGCGGCAAGUACGAGCAGCUGGCCGGUGACAGUGUGGGCGCCUCCGCCACCACACCCAACGCCGAUGUCGCCAACAGGAUCCGUAUGUCAGCGGUGGAGCUGGGCGAGGCGGUGUCGGAGCUGGUGAAGGCGGGCGGCCACUGCCGGCUCUCCGCCAUCCCGCAGAACCAGCGCGCAGUCGCUGAUGCCGCACGACGCGUCAAUGAAAAGGUGGUAGGCGUGCUGAGCGCGCUGCAGGCUGGCUCCCGAGGUACACAGGCCUGCAUCGACGCAGCAGCAACCAUUGCCACCAUCAUCGGCGAUCUUGACACCACCAUACUCUUCGCCAGUGCCGGUACUUUACAUUCGGACAAGGAGGGUGAUACAUUCUCCAAUCACCGCGAGAAUAUACUGAAGACAGCGAAGACGUUGGUGGAGGAUACCAAGACGCUGGUGGGAGGAGCUGCUGGAACCCAGGAGCAGCUCGCCACCGCCGCACAGAGCGCAGUCGGCACUAUAGUACAACUGUGCGAGGUGGUGAAGCAAGGCGCGAUGUCUCUGGGUGCGGGAAGCGCUGAGCCUCAGGUGAUGGUGCUGCACGCCGCGCGUGACGCUGCUGCUGCACUGCGCGACCUCGCCGCCGCCACUGCUGCAGCCAGCGGCAAGCCUGUCGCACAUCCUGAUAUGCAGCGCCUCAAGCACGCCGCUAAGCGGCUGAGCGACCCAACGAAGCGCUGGAGUCUACCCAUCAAACCUAAUACAAUGCCGCGACAGAACAAGCGCCGCUCCAUUACACUCGGCCUCAGAACUGACUACAACUCUUGCGACUCUGAAACAGAUAUCUUCCAGUCAGACCAAGAAGAAGAACUCGUCAAACUCCUAGACUAUUCUAGCCAAGAUGAUGAUGUCUCACCUUCUAUAUUCCACGAUAAUUGUGAAGAGGCAAUAGCGUACAUUGAAAGUCUUAUGAGAAAAACUCCAGAAAGAAAUGUUAAAGAUGAUGACUUGAAUGUAAGAUAUAAUUUAACAUCACGUAAUAGUAUUUUCGAUAUGGAUUGGAGGGUCUUAAAGUAUGGUGAAAAUAUAUUUUUAGGGGAACUUAAAAAGUUAGUAGAUAUCGUCGUACAGAUAUCUGAUAAAGAUGAACUUAAAAGAAAGCAAGAUACAUUGAAACGUAUCAAAGCCACCACAGAUUUGGAUAAAGAAAUGAAAAGGUUAUCUCAAGUUAUAGAAGAUCUGGACUCUGAGGUUAUAAUUCCACCAGAAACAAUCAAAAAAGAAGAAAUAACAAGUACAAUUAAAACAAAACAGACUAUCAUCUCAUCAAAGGAUACAGCAUCAGAGAUGCCAACACCAACACUUAAAAACACAAUAUUCAAAGUCAAAAAAGUAAAGCCUAUAAACUUACGGCAAACGCCAAGUCCAGAUUUUAAAAUAUUAGAAAGUGCCCCCGUUCCACCAGUUAUUUCUAAACCAUCAAGUCCCGAUCAGAAACAGAAAGAUGAACCAAACGAAAUAACUGUCCGACCUGAAUCCAGAACAAAAGAGGUUAAAUUAGAAUUUUGGAAAUUAUUUAAAGAUGAUACUGAAUGGUGGAAGGCUUUAGCUAAAAGAAAUCUAGAAAAAAUGGAAGAGACCAGACGUGAGUUAGACCGCUUCAGUGGUCAUGAACUAGUUCUCGGUGAAAUUAAUACUGAAAUCGAUAAAUAUGAAAAGGAAAAAGAAACUUUGCAAACAUUCAUCGAAGAUGUUGAUAACUCUAAAGCAGUUAAUAAAGAAUUAGAAUAUAAUAAAAAAUAUGAAGACAUUGUCUUGAAACUAAUUGAAUUUGCCAAAAAAGAUUUCAUCUAUAAAGGUUUUGAUCCUCUCAUUGAAAAAUUAAAAGCUCUUUCCAAUGUUCAAAUUGAAAGUAGAAAGAAAAAAGUUGUCCAUAUACAAGAUAUUAUAAAUAUUUACAGCCAGAUUGAUGUAUCAAAGUAUAGCUACGAAGAGUUGUGUUUGCUUGAAAAGUAUUAUAAAGAGGUUAUAAGGAAGUACAAGAUCGAAGCUGGUAUGAAAGAAAAUGUAGUGCCUCAAAUAAUAUUAACACCGGAUUCAAAUAGGAACGACAGAAAAUCGGCAUCGCCUUCCUUCCAUAGAAAUGUAAUUGUCAAUGUCCAUUCAAGUCAAAAUCUUACUAAAAACGUUAACAAUUAUAGUAACACGUCAUUGAAUAAUGGAGGUUCUAUAAAGAGAUCGCAUAUAAAGAAUCAAGAUUCUGUAAGCAAUUUAGAUAUAUUUGAUAUGACCCGUACAUAUCCUAUGGAAUAUUACGCAAAUAACUGGUGGUCUAUAUACGAAGACAUCCUAAAGAACCGCGAACAUCAAUUCGGAACUAUAGACAAUUGGUGGAAGUUUUACGAAACAAUGAUAAACAAAAAAGAUACCACUGAAGAAGACUUGAGUAGAAUACGUGCUAUAAUGGAGUAUAGGAGCAAUGCUAGAAAGUCUAGACCUAACAGUCGUAUGGAGGAGCAACUGAGAAUGUUGGACGAGAUAACUAACAGCAGGUUCCGUGAGAGCGAAGACGUGAAGACGAGCGACAAUGACUCGGUGAUGGUGACUAACGUGACGUCACUGCUGAAGACUGUCAAGGCGGUGGAGGACGAGCACACCCGCGGCACCAGAGCCCUGGAGUCCACUAUUGAAGCCAUCUCACAGGAAAUCGAGGUGUUGAUGUCGCCGACGCCCGCCAAAAGCACUGCCACUCCAGAGGAGCUGGUGCGGUGCACGCGGCUGAUGACGGCAGCCACGGCGCGCGCGGUGGCGGCAGGCAGUGCAGCAGGCGCAGGCAGCCAGGACCAGCUUACCGCUGCUGCCAACCUUGGCCGCAAGACCGUCGUCGACAUGAUGGUCGCUGCCAAGGGAGCUGCACAAGCAGCAGAAACAGAGGAACUGCGUACACGUACGCUGGAAGCGACGCGUGCAGCGGGCGAGGCGUUCCGUGCUCUACUGCAGGCCGUGCUGGCGGCUCCUGGUGGCGCCGCGCGCUCCGCACUGCCCGACCUCUCGCGCAGUGUGGCCCGCGCCGUUGCUGACAUGCUCGCCGCCGCUGAACUACUCAAAGGGUCAGAAUGGGUGGACCCCGAGGACCCAACGGUGAUUGCGGAGGCGGAGCUGCUUGGUGCGGCCGCCUCCAUCGAUGCCGCUGCUCGCAAGCUUGAUGCACUGCGCCCGCGCAAGCCACCCAAGCUACAGGAGGCUGAUGAAACGUUGAAUUUCGACGAGAUGAUCUUAGAAGCGGCCAAGUCCAUCAUCACCGCGACCUCCGCUCUAGUGCGCGCCGCCUCUGCCGCCCAGCGAGAACUUAUUGACCAGGGCAAGGUGGCGCGGCGGCCAGAGUCAUCGUCAGACGACGGGCAGUGGUCCGAGGGUCUUGUGUCAGCGGCGCGGCUGGUGGCGGCGGCGGCGCACGCGCUGGUCGAGGCAGCUAACGCGCUCGUGCAGGGCGCCGCCUCCGAGGAGCGGCUCAUCUCCAGCGCGAGGCAGGUCGCCUCCUCCACCGCGCAGCUGCUUGUCGCCUGCAAGGUGAAGGCUGACCCGUCGUCAGAGUCGACGCGUCGUCUGCAGGCUGCCGGUGCGGAGGUGAUCCGUUCCACCGACAACUUGGUGCGCGCCGCGCGUGAGGCCAUACACUGUGACGACGAGCGCAGUCUCGUGCUCAACCGACGCAUGGUCGGCGGCAUCGCGCAGGAGAUCGACGCCAGAUCGGAAGUGCUCCGUAUUGAGAAGGAGUUGGAGGAGGCGCGCGGCCGACUGACGGCCAUCCGCCAGGCCAAGUACAAGCUGCGCGCCGGAGACACCUCCGGAGACGACACCGACACAGACCUGCAGAUGGGAUACGCCAGUGACGCCUCCACACACCACAGAUUCAAAACACCAAACAGCAGUUUCGCGAACACAACGUACAGCCCGAACAGUACAUACUCCGCGCAGAACACGACCAAUAUAAGUCAGAACACCACCAACAUCUCGCACCACGUGACCAGUCUCAACCAAUCGGUGCACGGCGCCACAAGCCCCGCCCACAACGCGCAGAACCACGCCCACAGUCCCGCCCCCAACCCCGCCUCCAAGCCUGACACUAAUGGCUACCAGAGGGAGGACAAGUACACAACGCAGAGCCCAACCUUCUCCAGCUUCAGACCUCCACAGGACGACACGCCCAAGAACUACGAAGGAUUUACAACACGAGAAAAUACGAGCAAUGAUAGAACGAUGAAACACGAGACGAGCGUGACGGAGGAGACGGUGGUCGUGAAGUCGUUGCAACUGCCGGAAGUGCGCACCGCCUAUCUGGUCUCUGACGACGGCCCCGACGGCUCCAACGCCGAGCGCGUCUUCUACAAGAGGGAGCGGCCGCCGCCCCCGCCGCCGAGGCGCAUUUCCCUCCUAAAUUACGAGACCCGACUCUACGACACACCACGACCCGUUAACGAGUACGUUAAAACUGAGGAGCAACGCCAAUACGAGUCCAAUCAGUCCAGCCAGUAUCAGUUCACUAAGCAGGAGCAACGGUUCGGGUAUGAUUCGCAAAAACUACCAUCCCCUCUCAGUCCCAAGUUCAACGCCAGGGACUUAAAGUUCGAAGAACCUAUCUACUCAUCCCUCAAGAAGCCGACCACUCCUAAAUCGCCAUUUGACGGCGUCGGACAGACCUUCUCUGAACACCAGAAAUCCACUGAAAACAUCCCGGGCGGCGUCAAGCAUUCCGAGUACUCAGUUAAAAGCGAAUCAUAUCAAAGCUAUCCGAAGACGGAGUUCAUCUCGUCCGAAACCAGGCAGGAAGUUAAAUCUCCCUUCACCACCUCCACGCCCACCAAGUACGAGAGCAACCAGUUCUCUGAAUUCUCCAAGAAUUCCAUGGACUUAGUGAAAGCUCCGACGCCAACGUUCGAAAGAAUAUCUUCGCCGUAUGGCAAGGAGGUGCACAGCUACGGUGGCCCCAACUACCAUGAGGAGACCACCACUGAGGUUAAGGAGAUACCGAACGGCACCCAGAAGAUUACCACAACCAAAAUCUAUAGUUCGUCCCCAGUCAAUAUGACUAGUACCAGCACAAAAUACGAACCGAUCAAACUGGAAGGUAUCGACGAGCUGUCGAAGUCGUUCGACAACGAUUCUAGAUACAGCACGUUGGAUUCACGUUUCAACACGUUGGACUCGAAGCUGAGUUCUGACACGAGCCGGUCGUUCAUGCGACCCUCGGAGUUUCAGUCCUCGGACUAUCAGACGACCACUAGCGUAUCGAAGGUGAAGAAACCUUCCGAGCUGGUGAAGGAAAUCGAUAGCUUGGACAAGAAGUUCUCCAAGCAAACUAUCACAUCGGAAACAAUAGAGCGCAAGUCAGUUAUGACAAGUUCGCAUAAAUCCGAAACCAGCUCUACAGUUACAAAGAAAUUUGGCAACUUCUAAACUUGGCAUCUAUUUUGUCGUGUGUGUCGUUAACAGUUCUCUAACGCUUUAAGUGUAUUUAUUUAUGUAAAGAAAUGCAUUUUAUAUAAAAUUCAAUAGUUGUUAUAAAGAUAUAAACUGUAUAUUUAAUAAUAUAUUAAUUUCCUUGUGAUUAUGGUGUUAUAAAGAGCUACAAAUACUAUAGAAAUAUAGUCAAAAAAUAUAGUUGAAAAGUAAGUCUUUUUAAACUAAAAUAUUUAUGUUACAUUUUCACAUUCUUUUAUAAUUGGAUAUUGGAUCCAAAAAUGAAUUUUUUAUACAUUUAUUUUAACAUCAAAUCACAAGGACUUAGUUGUAAGAAAUAAUCAGAGGUGCUAUAAUAUUUUAUUUAUAGAACGUCGCAAUGCAGUAGUGCCUGUAUCUUAUGGUACGUAUAUACCAUAUGGUACGAUUAACCUAUUUUUUUUUUAUUUUAUAUUUUUAAAGAUAUAUUGUAGUUGAUCUUUUUAUGAUGUUUAAAUCUGGGAACAUACGACUAUACCAUUUUAUAUAAAUUUUUCCUUUUAUUGUAAUCGUUGUCAUCGUUUUUAUACAAUUAAAAAAAGAAAUUGUGUCCACGGUAUGUUAUUGAACUGGUGUUGGUAAUAAAUGUCCAUUGUAUCAAGGAAAUUUAAAAAAAGUAUGUUCCCGGCUUUAUAAUUCACAAAGUGCUAACCCCAUUGUGGGACCUUAUUAUUGAUGCCUUUUAUAGUUAUUGAAGUCUAAUAUAGUAUUUUGGCAGUUUUAUACAAAUUAAAUAGCAGCUAAAAAGUUUUUACAACUUUGAAAUUAGAAGGAAAAUUCAAAUGCCAACUAAAGGUUUGAAUCCGAUACAAUACUGUUUUCUUAGGAAAACAGGACACAUAGUACAUAGUGAUUCAAACCUAUUUUAUAUUUGGUUAUAUUAAAAUAAUCAUUGUGCCUUUAAAAAAUCAUUUAUUAAAAAUGUACAAAUGAAUGUUUUUUUUACAUAUAAAUGAAAUCAAUAUUACAAUAAACUCGACCUCAAGACAUGAUGAAAUAUGUGCCAUAGACAAGUACGUAUAAGUUAUGUAAAAUAUAUUUUUGUUAUAAAGUCUAUUUUAGUAAUAGUAAUUGUUCGGUGCAAUUUUUUUUAUAAUAAAAUAACACUGUCUUAUUAGUUAAUAUUUAAUUCUUCGCUAAAUUAAAUGGUGCCUAAAUUAUUAGAUCUACGUUUUUUACUUUUGCAUGUGUUUUUCUAUUUGCAAUCUCUCAAUGUUUGAUUUUUAUUGUAGAAAUGGUAGUUUUGCACAUAACUGGCAACUAUAUUUUUUUUUCAUUUUUUGGUAUGACGUAUUUAGUAGUGUUUUUGUUCUUAUCGUCUCGAGUUAGAUAUGGUUUUUAUACAUUAACAUUUACUAUAUUAACAUUGAAGCAUGUUAUUAAUAUUAUAACAAAUUGAAUUAAUAAUUAUUUAA